CUCGUGAUCUACCCGCCUCGGCCUCCCAAAGUGCUGGGAUUACAGGUGUGAGCCACUGCGCCCGGCCUCAUUCAACUUAAUUUUUAAAAAGCCCCUCCAUAAGCUCUCCCCCCAAAAAUCCCUGCCCCCGUGCCAAAUAGAUGUUGAACUCCUUGAGAUCAAGGAUUUUGUUUUAUUCGGGCUUCUCGUGGGGAGGUGGGAUAGGGUAGAUGGAUACGUUGGGGGUGGGGAUGGGGAAGUACCAAAGACAUACUAAAGACCUGGCACUAGUUUAGACAGUGUAUGGAUAUAAACACCUGCUUACGACACCCUCUAGAUUGCUAGUCUCCUGAGUCAAUCGUGCUGCACGUUCAGACCCGGCCUGGUCCCCUGCAGGUCCCUGUCCCAGGCAAGCCUCAGCCCACAGGUUCGGCCUGGUUCGGCCCCUCCUGGCUCGGGCUCUCCCCUCUCGGCCCCGCCCAUAUCGGACCCUGGCCCCUCCUCUUUCUGGCUCCCCCGGAUGUUCCUGGCAAAGACUCAGUCCUUCUGGGAUCUUGUAACGGUUCUAACUGCUGGGUGCGGGUAGAGCUGCGGGGUGAGUCCUCGGCUCGGGAUCCGUUUCUCUUUGUUCUCCAGGACCCGCUCUCGCCCCUGCGCUCAGGACCCCCUCCCACAGAGUCCGCCUCCUCUUCCCCGCGUUCCCAGCCCCCCUCCUUUGCCCCUUCUUAACGUCUUCCCCUACCCGCAUCCUGACCGUCAUUUGCCGUGCCUGCUCCCCGACUUUCUGUCUUCACGACCUCCUUAGCCUGUGGGCGAAGAUGUCAUGGGACUGGGGCUUUGCAGCCUCUGAGUGACGACCUGUUAACCCGUUUUUCAGGCGAUCGCCAGCUCCAGUGCAGAUUUCUUGCUGUGACUGAGGUUCAGAGUGAACUCUGUCAGUGUGUCAGUUUGCCUCUUCAGGUGAUUGCACGUGUGUGUGCCAGUCUCUCCGUGUAUGGGUGGCUAUGAUUAGGGUGAGCCUCGGACUGGAACUCAAGUCUAAGUUCAUUGACUGCUCCAGCAGGCACUCUUCCAUGAAACCUCAUCAGAAGAUCGGGCUCUCUUCCCUUGCCUUGCCUCCUAAAUCCCCUAGGCCAGGUGAGGCCUGGCAUCUGGCAUCCUGGAACUGGCAGUUGGAGCCUGAGCUGUGGGCAAGGUCACUUCGACAGCAGUUGAAUGCCCAGCUCCUCAUGGUCCCAGAGGAGAAGAGGGUAGGUUUGUCUUCUGAUGAGACAUCAUCUGAUGCCCUUAAAUCUUGGCACUCCAUAUGUGUCUUGGACAGCAAAGAAGAGCCCUUGGCCUGUCAGCAGAAACAGAGGCAGUUCGUGAAGCCAGCGACUGAGUCAGAGCAGCCCACAGUGCUGGAACUCCUGCUAGCUGAGCUCCGAACUCUGUUCUCAGCUGUGUUGCAGGACAGUAGCCCUGCAGCUUGGCGCUAUCUGCAUGCAGUACUGGGUUUACUGCCUCCAUAUCGUGAGUUGCUAGUUGGCCACCUUGAUUUUCUGCCCUUCCUGGAGCAGCUGUACUGCUGGGCACCCAGGGUCCAAACCCACCUCCAUCUGGACCUGCUAGGUGCCAUUAACCAGGCCUUUCCUCCAGACAGCUCUUUGUUAGAUAGUGCUUCCCAUGCUGACUGCUGUCCCCAGAAGCAGAGGCUCCAUCACAGGCCCCCAUGCCCAGCUUGCCCUUUUGUGCAGGCCCGGUGGAGUAGGCAGCAAGUAAAGGAGGAGCUGGCCACCUGGCUGCGACCAUUGACACUGCCCGAGCUACAGCGCUGCCUGGGCAUUGUUGGUGCUCAGGUGGCCCUAGAAGAGGCUGUGUGGCUGGAUGGACUUAGUCUCCUUCCCUUGGCACUGGCAACGGACAUCCCUGUACAGUAUGAAAGCAGUGACACUGACAAUGCAGAGGAGAAGCCUGUUGGAAGAAAACAGACCAGGUCUCAGCUUGACUAUGAAGUUCCCAGGGAAAAGACCCUCCAAAAGAGCAGCACUGGCUUCUCACCUGAGACUUCCUUCCUGGGUAGCCAGGUGAUAACUACUCUGAAGACAGAGAGAUACCUGAAGAAGAUCCACUUCCUCUAUCUCAAUGUGGCUCCCAGCCGGUACUUUAGGCCUUACAGCCUGAUGGUGGUGCCACCCGACAAGGUGAAUCCCGAGCACUACAUCUUCUCUCCCUUUGGGAUCUUGCACGUACAUCCUGUGGAAGGUAGCGAGACGAUGACACUGGGUACCUGGCACCAUCACUGUGUUCUCUGGCAGCAGCUCCAGUUCAUUCCAUUCUUUAAAUAUUGCCUCUUACGCAAGUCCUUUACCUGUUGGAAGAAGAAUGUGAGAUUGCAGGGGCUGCAUCGACUCCGGAAUUUCCUAGAGAAUCAUCUGCUCUUGGCUGUGCCCCACUUUGGAGCUGGGCUACUCCAUAUUAGUAGGCUUCUACAGGAGCUACACUCUGUGUCCUGGCUACCCCAGGAACUGGAUCGGUGCUAUGAGCUGCUGGACCUGCAGAAAGCUCUAGCCAAGGAGAAGCAUAAGGCUCUACGACUGCUCCAUCAUUGCCUGAACCUCUGCACAUCCAUUCUUCGACUGGUAAGAGGCUCUAGUUUAUCGUAGACCUUUUCUCCAAGUUGAGCUCCCCAGAGUUUCAGCCUCCUUUCAUUAAGUUUCUCCUGGAAUCCACUGUGAGACCUGGACUCUGCAGUUGAAUCAGAGCCAUUUUCCUGCCCAGCAACAGCAGUUUCUACUCUGGGAUGGACGAAUCAAUAACAGGUGUGCAGAGGCUUAGACUCGACCUUUCCCUACUGGUUGAUCUUGACCUAGGAGCAGGGAGGAGAAGGAAUAUAUCAAUGUAUAUUUUGUCUGUUGUUUAUGCCGACCUUUGGGAAUUAGGGAAUUUGAGAAUAGGAAUCCUGUCUUUUAUGCUGCUGAGCUUAUCUUUGAACCUAUCUUGAACCUUUGGAAGGCCACUGUGGUUAGUGGAAGGAUGCAGUGAUGCAAUCCUUCCUACUUAUGCGUAUGUUGCAUCUGCAAUGCACACCCCCUGCCUAGAAUUCUGGGAGGCCCUCCUGUAUACUUGCCUCUUGCCCAUGGCCUGUUAUCAUGGUUUGUUGUCAGGUGGGGCUGGAUAUUCACACAGGACUAUGGCUAAUUACCAUGUAUAGAUAGUCCAGUUCUGAGAGAGGAGGCCCACCCAGAUUUUGUGAAAAUAGCUAAUU